GUUACUUUAUACAUCCGGGUUUAUUUAUUGACCUUGUGAGAAAACAUAAAAUGUUUUGAUAGUGAUGUUUAUAUGAUGACAUCAACAUUUUAAGAUUAGAAUGGCUUCAGCAAGUGGAACAUUUUGUGGUGUAUGUGAAACCCAGCAUGUGGUGAGAGAGGCCACAUUCUGGUGUUCUGAAUGCGAUGAAGGGUUAUGCUCAUCAUGCGAAAAACACCAUCGAGCUUCCAAAGCCUCAAGAAAUCAUGAAGUUAUUUCAGUGAAUAAUUAUCAAAAAAUACCGAACACCAUAGCAAAUAUAAACCAAUACUGCUCAGACCAUGAGAAAAAAUAUCAGCUCUACUGUUCCAAACAUGAAAAACUCUGUUGUCCGCUUUGCAUUACGAGAAAUCACAAAACAUGUGAUUUGAUGGCAAUUGAUGAUAUUGUUAAAACGUCGAAAACUUCCGCAUUAUUUGACAUUAUGGAACAAAGUUUAAAAGAUAUGAAGAGCAACAUGAAAAAAAUAGUUGAAGACAGAAAGCAGAAUUUGGAGAAAAUUCAGCAACAGCGACAGAGAUUCCAGACAGAUAUAAAAGAGAUACGAGAGAAAAUAAACAAACACCUAGAUAAACUUGAAAAAAAAAUACAACAGGAUAUCCAAGUAGCGACACAGAAAGUCCAAUCACAAAUAGAAAAACUACAUUCUAAAAUUUCCGACAAUGGAAAAUCACUAGAUGAGCUGUCGAAGAAUAUUUUUGCGACGAAAAGUUUUGCAACUGACCUUCAAACUUUUUUUGGUGGUAAAAUGUUUGAGGCCGAGAUCCAAAAGGAAGAGAAGUUUAUGCAGUCUUUAAUAGAAGAUGGAAGCUUACAACAAAUAAACCUACAAUGCAAACUUGAUGACAAGAUGUCUGAUAUACUCUCCAUGACAAAGAUUGGAGAUAUAUCCAUUAUAACAAAUUCACCAACCAUUACCUUGACCAUUGAUAGAGACAAACAAGCUCAACACAUGGUACCAACGAUAUCAAAAACAAUGAAUGACAUCAAUCCUACCUUAUUGAAAAAAUUUGAGAUACCGAAAGGGGAAAUAGGUAUUGGAAUCACGGGCUGUACCAUCAUGCCUUCUAGAAAAAUAGUUUUCGUAGAUCGAUCAAAUGAUCGUCUUGUAAUCCAUAACGAAAAUGGACUAUUUGAUUAUGAAAUAUCUGUAUCGCGUUUACCUUUUGAUGUUGCAUGUGUUGAGGAAAACGUCGUCGCUGUCACCCAUAAUGCAGAGCCCUAUCAUAUAGAAAUCAUUGACAUAAGAAAUAAAAAGAUUUUAAAUAAGAUUAAAACAAACAAUCAGUGCUACGGCAUUACAAAUAACAAAGGAAGAUUAAUAUAUUAUGAAAAACGGAGAGGUAUUCAGACAGCAGAAGCCAUUAAUGAAAGUACUGUCACCACAUUAGUAAAAUUCGAUGAUGUGUUUAAUUACUGCUAUGUUACAGCAUCAAAUAACAAAAUAUACAAUUCAAACUAUGAUUCAGGUACCGUCACAUGCUACACAAUCACUGGACAAAAGGUUUGGGAAUACAAAAAUGAAUCAAUUUUGAAAAGGAUUCGAGGAGUAACUGUUGAUAACGAUUCCAAUGUGUACGUGGCCUCGCGUAAUUAUAACAGUGUCGUAGGAGUUUCACCAGAUGGAAAGAAUGCCCGUGAAUUAUUAAAAGAAAACUGGAUUGAUUGGUCCUAUGGUAUCCAUUUUGAUCAAGGGAGAAAUAUUCUACUAAUUACUAACUUAGAUGGAAUAGCUUCUUUGUAUAACAUUUAAUGAUUAUAUUUGUUUUAGAAUUUAUCGGCUAAAAAUACAAAAAUCUAACAGUUUGAAACAGUCAGUAGACUUUUUAACAAAAUUAUAUAUGUAAAUAAUGUAAACAUAUUAUUGAAAUUACUAAUAAAAGAAGCAUAUUUUA